AUGGCACGCACAAUAAACAGAAGAAGACAAGGUAAUCUGCAUGAUGCAUUACCAUUGUCAAACCAAGUCAGUAGAAUGGUUGCGGCUGAAAUCAACCACAAUUUUUUAAUAAGCUUUUCAUCCGAGACCCAAAUCCAGUGCGCUGUUGACAAUCAUGUCCUCACUAGAUCAGUUUAUCAAACAUAUACAAGAAAUCAUGUAACUAGUCAUACUUCUCAAAGUAAUCUGCAAACAAGUCGUCAACUUGGUAUGACCAUUCGGCCAUCAGGAUAUAGCGAAGGUAGCCUUCAUGGGGAACAAGAAGUACAAGAGUUGAUUGCAAAUAAUCAUAACAACAACAACAGUAGGAGUUUGAGACAAACACAGAACAGGUUUCAUCAUCACCGAGAACAAAAUCCUGCUAUAGUUACUAGAAGUCGCCAGACAACUCGUGUCUACUCUGGUCGCAUUGCAAGACGUCGACCUGCUAUUAGGUCUUGGCCGCCCGGGGUGAUGCUUUCGGAAUUACAAGUAGGAUAUGGCUCAAGUCAACCUGCUAUUAGGUCUUGGCCGCCCGGGGUGAAUGGGCAUAUGCUUCCGGAAUUACAUGUAGGAUAUGGGUCAAAUCUGAACAUGUCUUCUGAUACUGAUAACAUGUCAUAUGAGCAACGGUUAGAAUUGGGGGAACGAAAUGGCGAUGCAAAUAUUGGCCUGUCUGAAGAAAUUAUAUCAAGUAAUUUGAGGACGCGAUUACAUACUGAAUCUCCAAAGUCUGAAGAUUUAAAUGAGGAUUCUGAAAUUUGCAGUAUAUGUCAGACUGAAUAUGAGAAUCAAGAGAUUGUUGGAAUUCUUGAUUGUGGACAUGAGUACCACCGUGAUUGCAUAUCACAAUGGUUACUAGAGAAGAAUGUUUGCGCUAUCUGUAAAAGACGAGCUUUACCUCCCCAACCGAGAAGUAGAAGACUAGCUUUAUCUGAUCAUGGAAGAAUGCGGGGAGCAUAA